AUGGCUACGCCCUCUCUCGAAGACAACGUAGCGCAGCUCGUGGGUUUCAUAUCCGACAACUCUGAAGACGAGCAUGAAUCUGAGGCGCCUCCAUCGCGCCAGCCAUCACCGGCCCCGCCCGAGCAAAGACAUCAAUCCCCGGAUACAGCCACCCUGCUGCAAGAAUACGUCGAUGCUCAAAUCGCGAGAGAUGCGCGGCAGUUCCAGAAUUGGAGAAAUCGAGAGUCCAUGCUGCUCGUUCAAGAUGAGGCAGCUCUUCUUCCCGUGGCAGCAGGAAACGCUGGACAUGAGCCGGAAUCUGAGCCCCAAUCUCCCGACGAUUUCACGAUGGAUUGUCUCAUCGCUCAGUUCGACCGAAUCCCCGCGACGCACGAGAGUUCUCAUGCGCUGGAGCUGGAAGACAGCGAAGGCCGGGAAGUAUGGUAUACUGCACGGGGAUACACUUCCCACAUGCCAGCCCAAGCACGGGAUACAGAGCAAGACGACAUAGCUCCAUCUAUUCCCCCAAGAUCGCCAGCGCGCCGAGAUAGGCUCCGCGCUCUAUCACUGCAAAUAGGCCGGCCGUCAAUCGCAGGAGCCCCACCAAACCAGCGCGAAGGCCACGAGCAUUUCUCCCCUCCACACGUCGCAGGCGUCUACGUCACCGAACUAGACAGAGACAUCUCCAUCGGCACCCUCCUCGAGGUCCUCCGCAAAUACGUGCAAGAACUCGACCACCGCUACGGCAUCGACUACGGCCCCGAAGCCGCGGGCGAAGACCUGUGGGUCUGGAUCCGGUAUCCGUCCGCGGAAGCGGCGGCGCGCGCAGUGCGGCUGCUGGAGAAGAUGGAGUUGAAUGGGCGGCGCAUUGCGGCGAAGCUGGUGGUCGAGCCGACGGAGUUGUUGCGGUGGACGCUUUGGAGUCGGCGGAAGGGGGCGAAGUGGUUGGAUGGGGAUCAGAGGCAGCAGAGGGGGAUCGUGAGGGGGUUGGGGAUUACUUCUCCCCGGCUUUGUUGA